UCACGUAGUGCAAUUGGAAGAGAGUAAUGGAGAGCUGGGUAGUCACUGUCAUAACUCUCUGCAUCUCUUUCUUCAUCAAAUUCCUGUUCAACUAUCUUACCAAUUCCACAAAGAAACUCCCUCCCGGACCGCACACUUUUCCUGUGAUCGGCAGCUUAUUAUGGGCUAGAAAGUCCCCCGCGAACUUGGAACCCAUCCUCCGUGACCUCAAGGUUAAGUAUGGUCGUAUGAUGAUCACCCUCAAUAUUAGGUCUGGUCCCUCCAUAUUCGUAGCUAGUCACUCCUUAGCCUACCAGGCUUUAGUGCAACAAGGCGCUGUUACCUCCAACCGACCAGCCAAUGAAAUCAUCAAUAGUAACUAUUGCCAAAUCCACACCGAAAAUUACGGAACUAAAUGGCGUCAUCUACUUCGAAACUUGACUUCAGAAAUACUCCAUGCUUCUCGCAUCAAGUCCUAUUCCAAUGCAAGAUCAUGGGUGCUAGGUAUCCUCAUUCAACAGCUUCGCGGCGCACAGGAUGAUUCGGUGAAGUUAGUUGAUCAUUUUCAGUAUGCUAUGUUCUGUCUUCUUGUCUUGAUGUGUUUUGGGGACAAGCUUGACGAAUCUCAAAUCAAACAAAUUGAAAAUGUACAACGCGCGUUGCUUGUCGGUCUCCAACGGUUCAAUAUACUCAAAAUCUUUCCGAGAGUUGGAAAAAUAAUAUUUAGGAGUCUCUGGAAGGAACUCCAUGAUCUACGUAGAGAGCAAGAGAAUAUCUUCAUUCCUUUGAUUGAAGCUCGACGCAGGGCCAAAGAACAAAAGACCGAGCACGGUGAAGAAUUAAUCAUGGCGUAUGUGGAUACGCUGUUGAGUUUGGAGUUACCAGAUGAAAAAAGGAACCUCAAUCAUGGAGAAAUCAUAAGCCUCUGCGGUGAAUUCGUAAACGGCGGAACUGAUACGACGUCUACUGCCUUAGAGUGGGUUAUGGCCAACUUGGUCAAAAACCCUUCCAUUCAGGAAAAACUAUAUCAAGAAAUUGCCGGUAUAGUGGGAGAAAAACAGAUCAAGUUGACAGAAGAGGCAGUGAAGGAGGAAGAUUUGCGAAAAAUGUCCUACUUGAAAGCAGUGAUAUUGGAAGGUCUUAGGCAGCAUCCACCUGGUCACUUUGUGCUGCCACACACGGUGACGGAGGACGUAGAAUCGAACGGCCACAUCGUCCCAAAGGAUGCCACCAUCAAUUUCAUGGUUGCGGAUAUGGCCUUAGACCCAAAUGUGUGGGAGGAUCCCAUGGAGUUUAAGCCUGAGAGGUUCUUAGUGGAAGGAUCAGAUAAGGAAGGAUUUGAUAUAACAGGAAGUAGAGAGAUCAAGAUGAUGCCAUUCGGCGCAGGGAGGAGAAUAUGUCCUGGCUAUGCGUUGGCAAUGCUUCACUUGGAAUAUUUUGUGGCUAAUCUGAUUUGGCAUUUUCAAUGGAAUCCCGUGGAAGGAGACGAUGUUGAUCUCUCUGAGAAACUGGAGUUCACCGUUAUGAUGAAGAAUUCACUACAAGCUCGUAUCUGUCCUAGAAUUAAGUCUGUUUGAAUUUAAUAGUUGGCAUAUUUUAUUUGUGUACCACGGAAAGUUGAGAAAAUUGAAGAAUAGGUGUUUUUAAGUCUUGAAGGAAGGAUUGGUGACAUUGACCAACAGAUAGGGUCAAACAUUAUUAG